CAAUGAAACUUUUAUCCAGGUAAAAGAAAAAUGCAUGUAGCUAUACAUGAGAUUUGCACAUUAUGUAACUCAUGUAGACCGUUGCUUACUUUUAAUUGUUUUGAUUUAAUAUGAAUAUUCAUCAUGAUUCUGUCAUGAAUUUUGCACACACCCAUUGAAUGAACUGUGUUUCUGUUAAUAUUCUUUUGUGUACUUUUAAUUAGUCCUUCUGCACCCCGCUGGCAAACAUUAAAUGUUUUAUAUAAAGCACUCUAAAUUAUCUUGUACGUUAACUGUGCUGUACAAAUAAAUUUUCCUUACCUUUACAAACCCCAUCACACUGAACCACCAAUCAGUGUUUGAACAAACCUCAUCUGUGUGCAGGUUUUCUAGGUGUGUUGCAGGUUUUUAACCCUGCAGCACAUCAGAGCCGUGUUGUGCUGCUGUCUGUGGCCGCUGGGGGCAGCAGAGAGGAGCUGCCGCAGCUCGUUGUUGAUGCUGAGGAAGCUUCGUCUCCACUUCUGCAUCUGAAAGGAGGACAGAAGCAGCGACUUCCUGUGUGAUCUCCGUUCAGCUGACUUCAGCCAGCCUGCCUCUACGAGAGGCUUCUGGCUCUGCAGACUGGGCAGGAGGGAGGCUUCUGUGGGUGUUGUAGGGCUCCGAAAGCCGCCCAGGACCUCCGCGCGGCAGCAGCAGAAACAGCAGCCAUAAAUGUGGAUUGUUUACACCAGCGGGUCAAGCCUUUCCUACCUCCCCGCCUCCCUGCGACUCCGAGCGGCUGCCUCGGCUGAGCAGCGUCGCCGCAGAUAGCGUCGGUGGAGCGGGGUUGAUGGCCGUGGAGCUCGGCCCGGCCUUCGUCAUCAUCACCAUCACCCGUGUCUGAAGCUGCACAGUUUUUCCAUUCAGUCGCCUCCGAUCCCGCGGGAGGAGCGGAGAAGGAAGAGGCGGAGCAGGGUUCGGGGCGCAGCAUCGCACCGUGCAGGGUGCCGUGGAUGUGCAGCCGGAGCUGACCCAGAGAUGGCUGUCCUCAAACUGGUCGACCAGCCUCCUCUCAUCCAGGCAAUCUUCACUGGAGAUCCAGAGGAGAUCCGUAUGCUCAUAUACAAGUCUGAAGACAUCAAUUCUCUGGAUGCAGAGAAGCGUACCCCUCUGCAUGCAGCAGCCUUCCUGGGCGAUGCUGAGAUCACAGAACUCCUCAUCCUCUCUGGGGCCCGGGUCAACGCCAAAGACAGCAUGUGGCUCACCCCCCUGCAUCGCGCCGUGGCAUCCCGGAGUGAGGAGGCUGUGCGAGUUUUGAUUCGUCACUCAGCGGACGUGAACGCCCGGGACAAGAACUGGCAGACGCCGCUGCACGUGGCCGCAGCCAAUAACGCGCUGCGAUGCGCUGAGGUCAUCAUCCCACUGCUAAGCAGCGUGAACGUGUCGGACCGCGGCGGACGCACCGCCCUGCACCACGCCGCCCUCAACGGCCACACCGAGAUGGUGAACCUUCUGCUUGCUAAAGGAGCAAACAUCAACGCCUUCGAUAAGAAGGACAGCCGGGCGCUGCACUGGGCUGCCUUCAUGGGUCACCUGGAAGUGGUGCGUCAGCUGGUGACUCAGGGUGCAGAGAUCAGCUGUAAGGACAAACGGGGAUACACGCCGCUCCAUGCGGCGGCCUCCAGCGGACAGAUCACUGUGGUCAAACACCUGCUCAACCUGGCGGUGGAGAUAGACGAGUCCAAUGCUUUCGGGAACACAGCGCUCCAUGUGGCCUGCUUCAACGGUCAGGACGCUGUCGUCAGCGAGCUGAUCGAUUACGGCGCCAACGUCAGCCAGCCGAACAACAAAGGCUUCACCCCACUGCACUUCGCCGCCGCCUCCACACACGGAGCGCUCUGCCUGGAGUUCCUGGUCAACAACGGGGCCGACGUCAACGUGCAGAGUCGUGAUGGGAAGAGUCCUCUUCACAUGACGGCAGUUCACGGACGCUUCACUCGCUCGCAGACCCUCAUCCAGAACGGUGGCGAGAUCGACAGCGUGGACAAGGACGGCAACACUCCGCUUCACGUGGCCGCCCGUUACGGCCACGAACUCCUCAUCAACACGCUCAUCACAAGCGGAGCAGACUGCACGAGGCGAGGAGUACACGGCAUGUUUCCCCUGCACCUGGCUGCCUUGAACGCUCAUUCUGACUGCUGCAGGAAGCUGCUAUCUUCAGGUCGGAGGUUUAGCAUAUUGUGUAACGACUCGGUCCUGUCUGCAGGCUUCCAGAUAGACACACCAGACAGCCUAGGAAGGACAUGCCUGCAUGCAGCUGCUGCUGGAGGGAAUGUGGAUUGUGUUAAACUACUCUUGAGCAGUGGAGGAGAACACAACAGGAGAGACAACUGUGGCAGGACCCCCCUUCAUUAUGCGGCUGCCAGCCGUCAUUAUCAGUGUUUGGAGACCCUGGUGGCUUGUGGGACCGCCAUUAAUGCCACUGACCAGUGGGGGCGCUCUGCCCUGCACUACGCUGCUGCCUCAGACCUGGACAGGAGGCGCCGUGUUGCUCUGGAGCCAGAGAGUGAAGGAGUUCAGGCCGAGAGAGAGAAGGAGGCAGCACAAUGUUUAGAGUUCCUGCUCCAAAGCGGGGCAACGGCGUCGCUGAAGGACAAGCAGGGCUACAGUCCGGUUCACUACGCUGCAGCCUUCGGACACAGACACUGUCUGGAACUGCUGCUGGACAAAGACGACAGCCACCAAGAAGAUUCAGAAUCUCUGAAGGCCAGGAGCCCGCUGCACCUCGCUGCGUACCACGGUCAUGCUCAGGCUCUGGAGGUGCUGCUGCAAAGGAAGAGGGAGGUGGACCAGAGAGACGAGGCAGGGAGGACCCCGCUGGCCCUGGCCGCCUUGCGGGGCCACAGUGACUGUGUUCAUACCCUCCUCAGCCAGGGGGCGUCGCCGUGCUCCACCGAUGAGCAGUACGGACGCACACCUGUGCACCUGGCAGUGAUGAACGGUCAUACGACGUGUGUGCGCCUCCUGCUGGACGAAUCGGAGGGUGCGGACCUCAUAGAUGCUGCUGACUCUCAGGGACAGACUCCUCUGAUGCUGGCCGUGGCAGGAGGCCAUGUUGAUGCUGUGUCGCUGCUGCUGGAGAGAGAAGCCAACGUGAACCUGGCGGAUAACCAUGGCCUCACGGCGUUGCACCUCGGGCUGUUGUGUGGUCAGGAGGAGUGUAUCCAGUGUCUGCUCGAGCAAGAGGCUUCGGUUCUGCUCGGCGACUUGCAGGGCCGCACAGCCAUCCACCUGGCCGCCGCCCGAGGCCACGCCUCCUGGCUGAGCGAGCUGCUGAGCAUCGCCUGCUCCGAGCCGCCAUCACUGCCACCGCUGCGAGACCACAGCGGGUACACACCGCUGCACUGGGCUUGUUACUAUGGUCAUGAGGGGUGUGUUGAGGUCCUGCUGGAGCAGAAAGGCUGUCGCCACAUUGACGGGAAUCCUUUCACCCCUCUGCACUGUGCCGUAGUGAACGAUCACGAGUCGUGUGCGUCGCUGCUGCUGGAGGCGAUGGGAUCAGACAUCACUGGUUGCGGAGACGCUAAGGGCAGGACUCCUCUUCAUGCUGCAGCGUACGCGGGUCACGUCGACUGCAUCCAGCUGCUCCUUUCCCACGAUGCAUCUAUAGACACUGUAGACCAGUCCGGUCGCACUGCACUGAUGAUGGCGGCUGAAAAGGGCCGGGCUGGGGCUCUCGAGGUGCUGUUGAGCAGCACCAACACCAGCCCCAGUCUGACGGACAAAGACGGAAACACAGCCCUGCAUCUGGCUUGCAGUAAUGGGAAGGAAGAGUGUGUGCUGCUGAUUCUGGAGAAGUUGUCCGACACGUCGCUCAUAAAUGCCACAAACGCGGCGCUGCAGACUCCUCUCCACCUGGCGGCUCGUAGCGGCCUGAAGAAGGCGGUCCAGGAGCUGCUGUCCCGCGGAGCCAACGUUCAGACGGUGGACGAGAACGGUCUGACCCCUGCUCUGGCUUGUGCUCCUAGCAGAGAGGUGGCUGACUGUCUGGCCCUCAUACUGGCUACCAUGAUGCCUUUCUGCUCCCCUUGCAGCUCCGGGGCACCCUCCCCAGGCACCCUGCUAAGGCAGCUGCCCCACCAAGGGGGUAAAGGCCCAGGAACUGGCCCCCGGGGGCCACGGAGCCCCAGGAACCCUUCGGGACCCUCCAGCGAGGGAACGACUGAGAACGACUCGGAGGAUUCAGAAACCUUCUGACCCCUCCAAACAAACUCUCUGGCUUUUUACCUCGAACUGUUCACCUGAACUUUUUACCCCCCUCCCCGUCAUGGAGGAAGGAUAUUUCUCUGCAUGUUCACAGAAGCAGGGCGGAGGUUCGGUUGUGAUGCCGCGUGGAUGGUUGGAGUUACGGAGCUCCAGAGGGUUCAAUUUGAAAAAUAAAAAUAAGCACCUUAAAAUAAGUCAUCACAUAAAUAAUUUGCAGCAAAUCUAAACAUCUAAGAAAAAAAUUAAAUGUUAUUUUGUCUAAUUUUUGAAGUAAAUAAAUUUGGCUGCGUAGUCACCGGAGGAGGGCGGUAUGAGUUACACUGCUAGUGUCUGUAAUUCAGUAGAAGAAGUAGUUGUCCUGGCCAGAGACCGGCAUUACCAACAUUUACCUUUUCCUACAAAGACAUUAGUUUAUGCUACUUUUUCAUCAAUAUCCAUACUAAUCAUUUUUGUCCCUUAAAAGGAAAAUGACAUGAUUUUACGCUGUACACUUACAGCUAUAUUACAAGGGCAACAUAAAAAAUGAGUAAAACUCAUGAACAUAAAUACUUUACAAUAAUUUGCAGCAAAUCUAUAAAUAUUGUUUCCUUUUAAAAUAACUUAAUCCAAGCUAACUGGACAAUAUUAAAAUAUUGUCCAGUCAGCUUGGAUUAAGUUAUUUUUGUAAGUGCUUUUAAAAAAUUUCUUGUGAAGCUCAAAAUCAAGACUCAGCGUUAUCCUGACCCAAUCCUAGCAUCUUUUAUUUAUGUUGCUUCAAAGAAAUUCAGUUUACUGUUGUGUGGCAUGGAAGAACAGAGCGGAAAUAUAUUCUCUUUAAUAGGCUACUUAUUUAAAAUAACUGAUAAAAAUGAUGAAAAAAGCCUUCAAGUGACAAGUUCUGACCUUCGUUCUUGCUCAUUCACCAUCCAUUAAGCAGGGAUUUUUAAACGGAGAAAAUUCAUUUCCACAGUGUAUUUUUUGGGAUGUUUUCAAUUUGUUAAAUAGUGAACCCUUUGGGCCUCCAUAUCUUCACUGUGUGUGUGUGUGUGUCUGGGGGGGGGGUCUCGCACCGUUUCUUCAUCACCUCCCCGGACCAAUGGCUGAAACUGAGCGAGUCACUCCACAAAGACAAGUUCGGUCCAGGUCAUGGUUCAGGUGUGCAUGCUUGUGAUAAUUAACACCACACUUUGUUCUUUUUACUCACGGGUGCUUAAAUCUGAAACGACCUCGGUACUUAAUGUCUGCACGGCGCAGCGAUGCGCCUCUGAGACGCAAGUUUUCUUUCAAAAGCCAUUUUUAACUGUUUGUACAAAAUGAAGUUGAUUAUUAAGAAAGCUAUGUGUAAUGUUAAACUUUUUAUGAUUUAGGCUUGUUGUACCAAAUAUUAGACUUCCACACGUGAAUAAUUAUCAUGUACUGAAAGGUCACAUGAACAGGUAAAUUUUUUUAAUUGUUUUAACAGCUGAAGCACAAGUUUGGAGUUUGCUGUUUGGUUUGAUGAACUGUGGCGGGAAAUGUGAAUUUACAGCCUCGAUGAGAUGUUUAGUAAUUGUCCAGGAGAGAGGACAUGACACAACGGGUACACCUCAGUUCUCAACAUGUUUGACUUCUACUAAUGACGAUGCAGGAAAAGAGCAGAAAAAACAGUCUGGAACGCAACUUCAACCCAAACAAGAAAACGGGUGCUUCUCAAAGUCAAGGAAGGAUCCUUAAUAGCUGUUUCCCCAGAUGCCACAGGUUCCCCACUACCCUUAAAAAACAGAGAUACCGUUAGCCACUGCUAUGGCCCAAGAUUGUGGUUUGUGGAAGUAUUUAGAUUUUUUUUCUUUGUUUGUUUUCUCUGUAUUUUUUGUGACUAGAAAAGUUUAGCUUUGCAAUGUGUUCCAUUAAAAGACAGCAAGUAUAAAUUGUCUGUGUGAAUGGCUGUUAGGUAGCAAGCUAAUAGCCAUUUCAGUGUUUGACUGUGUUGUAUGUAAGAUUUAAUUAAUGCUCAUGAUACUCAAAAUGUAAGGAAAGCGUCUUUCCAAAGAAAGACACAAUUUGGAAGGUUCAGUUUUACAAAGGAAGCAUCCUUGACUUUGAAAAGCGUUUAAUAUUCAAGUUAACAUUACCUGCUACAUAAGCUGCUAUGUUGGCCUAAAUAAUACAGCAUGUUAUAUUAUUUUAGCCUUUAAAAAACUGUAGCCAUUCAGCUAAAAAAAACAGUUAAUGUUAGUUUAAUUAAACAUUUGUCAAUAUGUUAGAUUAACAAAAUAUGAAUAAAUUUAUGUAGGAAGAAUAGAAGAUAAAUCUACCUUAUGUAGCUUACCCAAAUUAUGUAAAAUUAGCAGCUACAUUAGCAUAAGUAAGUUAAUGUUAGCAAUACUGAUACAUUUGCCGCCAUGUUAAACAAGCUAAAGUUAGCGGCUACAUUAGCCUAAAAGAGAAGCUUCUGUUUGAGCCUAAAAUAAUGUUUCUUGUGCUUUUUUUUUUUUUCUUUUGUCCCUGUUAAAAGCUGAUAAUCUCAUUUCCAUCUUCUAUGGUAAAAAAGUGGGGAAAGAAAUCAAAGCUGAAUAUGGCAAAGCCUUGUUUCUGUUAGUUUCAACAAGCUAACUGAAACAAGCUAAUCUUACUGUUGUAAUAUGUGGCUGUCACUUAUACACAACAACAAGCUGACAAACUUUUCCUUCAGGUUUUAAACUUUUGUUCAGUGUUUACUGUCCGACUGCUGUAGCCAGUGCCGGCGUCUGCAUGGCUAACUGCCAACACCAGCAUUUUACAAAGUUGUAAAUAACGCAGCAUUUUGUCUGAGCAGAAACAUCCAAGCUAACUGGACAGAUCUGCAGUUGAUGUGAAGGAAUCGUGAUGUACCCGGAGAUUAAUGCGAUUUUGGAAGAAAUGGCUGAACAAUGAGAUCAUGACUAAUGUGUUUUAUCUCACAGCCUCUUCCUGUUGUACAUGCUCAAACAGUUUGCAGUCAAAGUUAGCAAAACUUUUUUUUUUUCCCGCCCCGUUAAUGGACAACUACUUUCCCGCCUGGGCGGCUUUAAAAGUCCAAUCACAGGGACCCGGAUUAUCCAAAAACAACCGAAUUUCUCUUGUGAUGAAAAUAUCUUUUAGCUCAGUUCUUUGUGCUAUUUAUUAUCUCUGAAAUGAUGGUACGGAUACUGCCAGCACUUAAAUGUAAAGUAACACAGGGCCUUGACCACUGUCCUCCCCUUCACCCCUCUGUUGUCUGCCUACCAGCGAUGUGCCAUUGUCUCAAAUGUGUCCAGUGCCUUGAUGUUGAUUAUUUUGGUCUCUUUUAUAACAUUUUUCUGUGUAAGAUGGUUCUGAUAUUCUGAAUUUAAAGGAAGUCACAAAAUAACUUAAGUUUCUUCACAUGGAUGAUGCCUUUUCACUUGCACCUUGAUACAAAAAGCUAAAACAUUUUGUAGGAAAAUUUAGUUUUCUAAAUAAAAGCACCAGAAGAACUAUUGGAUGAUGUGGAAAUGAGCUUUUGGUUUUAAUCCACAGAUUUACUCCACAUUAAAAAUUAUUCCAUAUUUGUUUUGAUCAGGGCUUAAAUUGAUCAAAAGAUUUAUCCCAAAAAGCUGAAAAAGGUAUUAAUUAUACUAUUUUACAGCAGUUUGGACAUUUAUGUACUUAAGGACUUAAGAGGGUGGUAAAUUUAAAUUUGAGCCUACACAGUCAUUUUUUUUGGCUAGUCUUUCACUCAAUCCAAGAUCUAUUUAAAAAAAUUCCCUCAUCCACCAAAAAUUUGUUUUUUGGGGUUUAUCUUUUAAAAAAAAAAAACAUUGAAAUUUCAGUUUAAAAUCACAACCAUGUUUGAAUAUUUGGUAGUUUUGAAGCUGUUUAAAAAUAUUUAAGCAUAAAAAGUUAUAAUCAGUUAAACUUUUAUAACAGGUUUUUGUAAGUGGACAUUUUUGUCUAUUUGAACUUGUUCAUUUUGUAGCUGAAAUAAAAUCUAAAUGACCGGACUUUAGGUUCAUGAUGUGGACUGUUUAAAUGUAAAACUAAAUGAAAGCCUCAGCAGAUAUCCAGCUAACCUGUAAAUCUCUAAAUCUGGACACACACAUCCUGCCUGACUUGGUGCCAUCAGAAAUGACAAAUUAUUUUGUAUUUGUGUGAUUUUUUUUUCUUUGUGUUGAGCCUGAUGUGAGAUAUUAAUAUUGUGUUGAAUGAGAGAAUUUGCUUUUUUUCUGCAUCCACAUUGAAGAUCUUCUUUUGUCCUAAUUUACUGUCAACAGUCAAACCAGCUGAAGUUCUGUCCAAACAAAAGCACAAACCAGUCAACAAGUUGGCAGUAAUUUAACGACAGAUCAUCUCCAGCCUUGAUGGUGAAACUGUGUGACUGUUAGCGUAGGUACUGAUAAGAAAACUGAAACGUUGACGUAAAUCGUCGUGUGAAGGUCUGUAUUUGAGUUUGGAUUAAAAUUUGCAUAUUGAUUAACUGCCCGAUCAGCACACACACACACCGUCAACAAGCAGUGAUUCUGCCUCUGAGACAGUCUCAGUGUUUUAACUAUUAUUCUAUUAGAAAAUGAGUUCCAGCAGUCCAGACAAUCGCCAUGUUCAUUGUGAUGAUUUUCAUACCAGUUCCUGAUGCAGUACAACAUGCUGAGGGCUGUUUGUCACAAACCUUCGUUUUAUAGACGCUGUACAAUAAAAGAAAAUCUGUUUGGA